GUUAGCUGAACAGUAGUAAUAUACAAAGACGAUAGAUCGGUGCUCAUUUGCAAACAUUAAAGCUUCCGGAGAUGGUGGAGAAUCAGAGAUGGGAUGAAGGAGCCUGCACGUCAUCCUCUUUAAAUCACGAGGUCCAUCUGCUGUUCUGAACUUUGUAGGGUAGGAAAAUUAAGUCUAAUGUCGAUCUGCAUUCGAGAUUCAUGCAAAAUCUCUUAUAUCGGAAGGGUUUUAAGAAUAUAUUCUAGAAUAGUGGUAAAAACAUGCACUGAAGAUCGUGCAAAAUCAAAUGUGUCAAGUUGUGACCAGAUGGAGUGUACAUGUUUAACAUAAAUAACUUAAUUGUUGUAACUGAUUUGUGGCCCCGUCGUGCUUCCUCUGUAACUAUGAGUUGCUCCUACCAGGAGGAAUUGACGAUGCUCCAUGCCUGAACCUUGCAACUUGUUGUAUCUAUAAUGUUUGUCUCUAGCAGUGUACUCUAUACCUAUUCUAUGUGUUCGUUCUUUAUGAUCUUCUCUAAAAGAUUCACUCUAUAUCUUUGGUAGUAGUAUCGUUCUAUAUAUCUAAAUACUUAAUAUUAGAGACAUGUUUUACUUUUAUUUAUUGUACGUAUGUAUUUGUCAUACGCUCAAAUAUUUUGUAUAUAUAUAUUUUUGAUAAAUUCGUUGUUUAAAUUAUUAAAAUGGAUAGGGAAGAGAGAGAGAAUAUCUAUGUAUGGAGAAUGAAAGAAUGCCCUCUAAGGACGCUGAUUCCUGAAAGAAUCUAUUCUUAAAAUUCUACAGAUUUAUCAAAUCUAUGUAUGGUAUUUGAUGAGAGAAUACCUGUGUAUGUGUGUGCUAGGUUCAGACGUAGAUUCUGAAAAUUUGACACACUAUGAGAGGAAUGACUUAAAUGUUGUUUGGACGUUAUAAUGACUUAAUAUUUUCUGAAAUGACUAAAUCAAUAACAUAAGAAAUGUUUGAGAAAAUCUUAAAAAGUGACUGAAAACAAUAAAUAACUUAAUGUUUUCUGAAUAAAUGACUUAAUAUUUACUAGAAUGACUUAGCGUUGAUUGGAAUGACUUAAUGUGGCUAGAAAACAAGCCAUGUGGAGGCGGAGCCAUGCGGGGGCGCGAGUUGUGCGGGUAGAACCGUAGAAGCCACGCGGGGCAUGCGUGGUCGGCGUGGGCGAGCGCGUGCCGGGAUGGUUCGGGUGGUCCAUCGCCCUAGGUAAUGAAUAGAGUAUAUAAUAACUUGGGUUAAGGCUAGAUAACUCUGUACAACUUUCUCAAUUCUAAAUUAUAAGGACAUUUUUUAUAUAUGUAGUUUUUAUUGUGUACCUAAAUAUACGCUAUAUUUAGAUACUUAGUAAGAAUAGUAUAUUUACAAAAUAUUUUAUGGUUUAGAAUGAAUGAAUGUUAUAUUUUUUAAUAAAAAAGAAAAAUCCUUAAACCACGGCCGAAAAUGAGAACUGAAAUAAGUUUCAAGAGCACCUUCCAACAAGGAAGGCAUACUCAUUGCCCACACGCUUCCAACAAGGAAGCCAGUAGUUGCCGCUCCCCAUUCCAAACAUGACCGUUGGGGCGCUGUGCCGCUGUCGCCUUCCUGAGAUCCCCAAAACCCCGACGCCGCGCUCUCCCACCUGGCACCCGAGAAUACUCGCGCUCGCGCACUCGACAUUCCUCGCCCCCACGCCGGUUCACCCUGCGCGCACGCGCUCAGCAUCUCGCAAUCCCCCGGGCGGAGGCGUAUGUCCUGCGCCGUGGCGAUGCCGAUCGACUUGCUCCACGCUCCAGCUCCGUGGGAGGAGGAGGUGAAGGCGGUUGAGGAGGAGGAGGAGGUGGAGGGAGUAGGAUGCGGCGGAGGGGCCGUGGUGGUGGUCGCGGCGGACGCGGAGGCGGAGGGUCACCCCUACGACUUCCACGUGUCCGGGCCGCGCAACCUGCCGCCGCCCAACUGGAAGGAGAUAAUCAGAUCGAGCUGGAAGGAUCCAAAUUACAAAAGGAUGGUAAUGGCCUGCUUCAUUCAAGCAGUCUACCUGCUUGAACUGGACAGGCAGGACAUGAAAGGCGAAGAGGAUGGCCUUGCUCCAAAAUGGUGGAGACCCUUCAAGUACAAGGUCACGCAGACAUUGGUGGAUGAGAGAGAUGGUUCCAUCUAUGGCGCCAUGCUGGAGUGGGAUCGUUCUUCUGCCUUGUCUGACUUUAUCCUCAUGAGACCAAGCGGGGCACCGAGGGCUGUGUUAGCUCUCAGAGGAACCCUCCUGCAGAAGCCAACUAUGAAGAGAGAUCUGCAGGAUGACCUUCGCUUCUUGGUAUGGGAGAGCCUCAAAGGUUCAGUGAGAUUUGUUGGUGCUUUAGCAGCGCUAAAAUCAGAAGUUGAGAAGUUUGGCAGCGCCAAUGUUUGUGUUGCCGGGCACUCCUUGGGAGCUGGCUUUGCACUCCAAGUCUGCAAGGAGCUUGCCAAACAUGGAGUUUUUGUGGAGUGUCAUCUUUUCAAUCCACCUUCUGUUUCACUGGCCAUGGGUGUAAGGACCAUGAGUGAGAAGGUCAGCUACCUGUGGAAGAAAGUCAAAGGAAGUCUGCCAUUGAAGGAAGACACAACACCACCACUUGAGACUGCUAAGGCUGAUGCAAGUGACAAGAAGAGAUUGCGCGCCGAGAAGAAAUGGGUGCCACAUUUAUAUGUCAACAACAGUGAUUACAUCUGCUGCCACUACAACGCUCCAUCUUGCUCGUCCACAACAACAGAUGGUGCUUCCAACGAACAGCAGCAACAACAACGCAAGGCUAGUGAAAUUGCCGGUGAUGUGGUCGCAAAGCUCUUUGUGACAUCAAAAGGGCCACAGAAAUUCCUUGAGGCGCAUGGGCUACAGCAGUGGUGGUCAGAUGGCAUGGAGCUGCAGCUGGCUCUCUAUGACAGCAAGCUCAUAAACAGGCAGCUGAAAUCCAUCUACGCAACAACAACAGAAAUGCAAUCUCCUGCCAAGUCCUAGACACGGCUUAAGCCGCUGUUGCAUCGGUCAUUAGAAAUACUCUUUCUAACCAGUGUGUGUGUUCCUUUAUCAACUGAGAAUGUUUUAUUACUCCAGUGAUGCCCCAAAACAGUCGAAUAAUUUGAUUAAAGGGAUAGUGUGUGAACAGUUUCGACAAAACAACAUUGUAUUUCAACUCAAAUCUCUACUUAUAUGUAAAGUGGGAAUUUCUUCCA